AUGCCACAAGACCCCUGCUGGCCUGAAGAUCAUAGAUGGGCCCAAUUUAACAGAACCGUGAAUGGGAAUUUGAUUGCGACAGUCCCGAUCGCCAGCUUCUGUCACGUCGACUCAUUCACGCCCUACGAUCAAUCGCAAUGCGUACAGCUUCAGUCAAAUUGGGGUUUCCCAGAAACACACUAUGAGAGUCCCUCGUCAAUUAUGGCGUCCGUGUUCACGAACCUAAGCUGUAAUCCCUUCUCAUCAAAAUCCUCGCCUUGCUCGAUCGGGAACUACGUCCAGUACACAGUGAACGCGACAGACGCCGCAGACGUCCAGGAAACAAUUAAUUUUGCAGCUCGUAACAACAUCCGCCUUGUUAUCCGAAAUACUGGACAUGACCUACUUGGGAAGUCCACUGGAGCUGGAGGGCUGGCGAUCUGGAUGCAUUACAUGAAAGAUAUUGCCAUUGUGGACUACGCCUCGUCAGACUAUUCCGGCAAAGCCAUGAAGAUGGGAGCUGGAGUACAAUCUUUCGAAGCCAACCAGGCGGCAUAUAAAGCUGGACUUAUUAUCGUGGGCGGUAACUGUCCAACGGUCGGGCUGGCAGGGGGAUAUUCGCAAGGGGGCGGACAUGGCCAACUUGUGUCCCACGUUGGGCUCGCCGCUGAUCAGGUCCUGGAAUGGGAGGUGGUUCUCGCGAAUGGGAGCCUGGUAACCGCAUCGCCAACAGAAUAUCCAGAUCUCUACUGGGCACUGUCCGGUGGAGGUGGAGGCACUUAUGGUGUUGUUGUGUCGAUGACAAGCAAAGCUUACCCUGAGCUGCCGACGGUAUCAGGUAAUCUUUCAUUUUCUGACACGGGUGUAUCGCGAGAUACAUUCUUUGCAGCGGUCACCAUGUUUAUAUCCAUUCUUCCCUCGAUCGGGGAUGCUGGGGGUGCAAGUGUUUGGUGGUUAACCAACACUACCUUCUCAACUACGCCUACUACCAUUCCAGGCGGCACAGCGACGCUUUUCAAUUCUCUUUUGAGCACUUUGAUUGCAUUCCUUGAACAAAAUGACAUACAGCACACAUAUUAUGUGAACGAUUUCCCUACAUACUCCGACGCGUACCAGGCGAUGAAUCCACCGAGCAACAUUACUGAUCAACUUGCUGGUGGUCGCCUGGUUCCAAGAUCCGUGGUCGAACAGAACUUGGCCAAUCUGACCACAGUAUUCCGUAAUAUUGUCGAAAAGAAUGCCGGAUUUCUUAUUUCAGGAGUUAUGGUCAACUCGUCUCGUGUUGCAUAUCCCGAAAACAGUGUCAACCGAGCCUGGCGGGAGGCGUUGAUGGAUGUUGUAAUUGGAGCGCUGUUCGACUAUAAUGACUGGGGUAGCGAUGUCGCUCACCAGCAGCUCAUUACCGAUGUUCUCAUGCCCCCUCUAGAAGAGUUGACACCUGGAAGUGGUGCAUACUUGAAUGAAGCUGAUCCGAAUCAGAAAGAUUGGCAACAGGUAUUUUAUGGGGAUAACUAUGACAAUUUACUAGCCAUCAAGAGAAAGUAUGAUCCUCACAAUACGUUCUACGCUUUUAAGGCUGUGGGCAGUGAGGCUUGGACAGUGGCUGAGAAUGGGCGAUUGUGCAAGUCAUAA